AGCAGAGGCGGAGGGGGGACCGCGUGUGACCUGUGGGCAGCUGGGACCGGAGCCAUGCACCACCGCACAGAGGGACAGACGCGAUGGCGGUGUCGAAGCCUGUCGCCGCCGCCGCUGUCGCCGCUUCUGCCGCGGUCGUCGCCGCUGAUGAUGCUGCCGCUGAUGCUACUGAUGGUGCUGCUGAUGGUGAUGUCGGUGGCGCUGCCGGCAGCGCAGGCCGCUGCUGUUCCCAACAUCCAGACGGAAGGAACCACGGCACCAGGUCUGUGGCUGCGCUCACCCGACAUCACACCGCCGGCGGCCGCCAGCUCCACCGACUUCAGAACGGAGCGCUACCACAUCUCCGAGCUGUUCGAGCAGCUGUAACCCAGCACACGUCACGUGACCGCUACCACAUCUCCGAGCUGUAACCCAGCACACGUCACGUGACCGCUACCACAUCUCCGAGCUGUUCGAGCAGCUGUAACCCAGCACACGUCACGUGACCGCUACCACAUCUCCGAGCUGUUCGAGCAGCUGUAACCCAGCACACGUCACGUGACACACGCGUCGGUGGCGGCACAGGUCGCAUGACCCCGAGCUGUGGAGCUCUAACGGAGCGCAUGUCACAUGACUAAAGCUCCCUUGACGGUACGGGUCACGUGACCUCGAGCUGUUUGGUGAGCAGCUGCAGUGCGCUUGGUGGACUGGAAAGUCAUGCGACCUCGAAUUGAUCACGUGAUCUUGUGGUGAAUCUUCACCACCACCUUACUUGUUGAGCUCCAACGUGUGUUGCAGUGGGUAUCUGUCACGUGACUUACCUGACGGCUGUUUGUCAGUGCCAUGUGAUCACCGUGCUUUGACCUAUGGCGGGUCACGUGAUGGUCACGUGGGUGGCGAUGCUACAGAGGCGGUCGAAGCACGUGAUAUCAGGGAUAGCGGUGGUGCCAAGACGAGACUCGAUGACGUGUCUUCUCAGUGUCUAGUUUGAGGACAGGUCUCAGACACUGCUGACAUGAUUGCAGACAUGUGUGUUUGGUGAUGACUCGCCGAAUAGUGACAUAUUCCAUAAAAAGUCACUGAGCUGAUCACUGAACUAUGUAGGACAUAUUUAGAGAAAUCACUAAAAAUACUUGGAGAUUUGCGACAUUUAGGACGCACUAUACACAAAGUCUACAUGGUGAGAGAAAAGUGGUCGGACUGGCAAAGUAACUUAUUUUCUUUGUCGGUAUUGCAUCCUGUGGUUUGAUGAAAAUUAGUAGAGUUACGAACGAUGGUGCGUUGGCGUGUACUGACAUAUUGCGACGUUGGUUUAUGAAUUGUAAAAAAGGUAUUUGAAAUAUUGUAUUUAAGCGUAGCGGUUGUGUGCAUCCUUUCCUCUCUAUUUUUAACACGGGAUAUCGUUACACCAUUAUAUGAAAUACGCGCGCAAUGUAAAUAGGUGUAAAUACGACUAUUUAUAUCAGUUAAUUAUUUGAGUACCGUUUGUUUGCUAUCGUAUAUCUCGGCAGCUACUGGUGUCAAUGUAUUAUCGGCGGGACUGUUUGAGAGAGUUGUCAGUUUCGUUAAAUAAAUAAACCGUGGUUCAAU